AAAACUUCCCUCUUCUGUAUCAACAUGAAGAAUAAACUCGUUGCUUUUUCUCUUCUCUUUUUGUUCUUUCUUCCCGCUUUAGUUUCUUCAGAAUGUACUUGCGAUGAAGAUAUCGAUGAUCGGAACAGAACCGAAGCGUUGAAGUAUAAAUUGGUAGCAGUCGCUUCGAUUUUAAUUGCCGGUGCUAUAGGCGUAUCGAUUCCAAUUCUCGGUAAGAUAAUCCCAGCUUUUCGCCCUGAAAACAAUGUGUUUUUCCUAAUUAAGGCUUUUGCUGCCGGAGUGAUUUUGGCUACCGGAUUUGUUCAUAUACUGCCGGAUGCAUUCGAGAGCUUGUCUAGUCCUUGUCUUCCGGAAAAACCAUGGGGAGAUUUUCCCUUUGCUGGACUUAUUGCUAUGAUUUCCGCUAUCGGAACGAUGAUGAUGGAUUUAUUAGCGACGAGUUUUUAUAAGAAAUCGAAUCUUACGAAACAAAAGCCUGUGAAUAGUGAUGAAGAAAAAGAGGUACAUGUGCAUACGCAUUCAACUCAUGGACAUGCUCAUGGCUCUGUUAUGCUGUCGUCAUCGGAGGGUACCGAUGAAUUGGAUUUAUCUCGUCGGAGAGUUAUCUCACAGGUAUUGGAAUUGGGAAUUUUGGUGCAUUCAGUAAUAAUUGGUGUUUCUUUAGGUGCCUCAGAAUCUCCUAAGACAAUUAAGCCCCUUGUAGCUGCAUUAACUUUCCAUCAGCUGUUUGAAGGCAUGGGUUUAGGUGGCUGCAUAGCUGAGGCGAAAUUUAAGAUUAAAAAAGCUGCAUUGAUGGCAAUUUUCUUCUCCCUAACAACACCAAUUGGAAUUGCAAUUGGUUUUGGAAUAUCAACAGUGUAUAGUGAAACAAGUCCAACUGCACUCAUGAUUGAAGGCAUUUUCAAUUCUGCUGCUGCUGGAAUUUUGAUUUACAUGGCUUUAGUGGAUUUACUUGCAGCAGAUUUUAUGAGCACUAGAAUGCAAGAUAGUCCUAAACUUUUGAUGGGAGCUAAUAUAUGUCUUCUUUUUGGGGCCGGUUGUAUGUCACUUUUGGCUAAGUGGGCCUAAAA